UACGUGCCGGUGGCGUUUAUUCUUCAUAAACUACCAUUUGUCACAUGGAUUCCGUCGUUUACAGGCGGAUAUUAUUUGAUUUACGCGUUGCAGUUUAUAAUGUUGUCGUUUGAUGCAACUAUUGUAUGUGGGAGUGAUUCGUUUUUUAUUGGAGCUUGCUUGAAUAUUCAUGCGCAGUUUGUGAUUCUUCAUAAUCGGCUUAAAAAUUUAGGAACGAAGAAAACUGAUAGAAAUUUUGAUCUUAACAAUGAAGUUGUUAGAUGUGUCAAACAACAUAAUUUUUUACUACACUAUACAAAUGUUUUAAUUCACAUGUAUUCAAUUGGAUUAAUAUUUCAAUUUUUUGUCACUACUUAUUCGCUGUGUAUAGAGAUUUUUAUCUUUACUAAAAGGGAUACUGUCGGAAUGAUAAUUGGAGUAAUCUAUUGCUGCAUGUUGACGUCUCAAUUGGCGCUUUAUUGCUUCCCGGCUGACGCUGUAAAUGAUAUCUCUGAGCAAUGCGCAGAAGCAAUUUAUAGCUGUCCAUGGUAUGAUAACAGUCCGGAACUGAAACAUGUCGUGAUGAAUUGUAUGCAAAGAUCACACAAACGACUGAUAUUCACUGCUGGAGGACUUAUUGAUAUUGAUAAACGAGCAUUUACCAAAAUAUUUAAAGGAAUUUUAUCGUUGAAUACAUUAAUGAAGAAUGUUUUUGAGUAAAUAAUCACAGUCUCUACCUAAAAACAAGGAAAAAUAAAGAAAAAGAGGAAAAUUCCAGACGUAUGCUAAUAGAUGGAGCUAUUUUGCAGGUUAUGACGUAAAUAUCAAUAAAAUAAUUUGCAAUUCACAAUUUGCAAUAGGAAAUCCACGAUCAAUUUUGAAAUGUGU